AUGGCCAGCCCGGAGAAGAAGAAGAAGCCGAAACGCUUCUUCGACGAUGAUGAUGAUGACUUCUUCGUCAUGAAGCCUAAGAAGACAAAAAAUCCAACGGUGAAACCAGAAGAGGUGAAGGUUGAGAAACCAAAAGAGACCAGUGACACAAACAUCACUAUCAAGAGAAGAGCAGAAUAUCCACCCAAGCUGCCUUUGCCGCCAGAGAGUAACAAAAUGAAUCUGCCUUCACGGCCUACAGCGGAGCAGAGCAAAGCAGAGAUCCCAACUUCUGAUGACUUUGGCGAAUCAUUUCACACUGCUCAAGCCGCCUCAGAUACAGAAGAGAUCUUUGAGGUUCCCCGGCCUCUGACAGCGGCAACUGAACCGAUCGAGAUUAUCGAGGAUGGAGAGGACUCAGAUGGAGAGGACUCAGAUGGAGAGGACUCAGAUGGAGAGUUUGAAGAGCUUAUCAAGAAACAUGCAGCAAAAAACAGCGAUGGGCGUGAAGCCAGUAGACAGUACGAGAUUACGGUCACAUCCAAACUUGGCGUCGAGGAGAAGCACAAGAUUACGUGCUUUGGAGAGGAGACAUUUCUGACUGUUAUGGAGAGACUCAAGCUGCAAGCGGCAGUUCAGUUUGUUCCUUUCAGACUCAGAGGAGGGUACCUAAUAUGGAUCGAGGGUAGGCUGGAGCUCAAACCAUUCUUCAGGCCUAGCACUCUACGAAUCCCCGAGCCUAGCAAACCCAACGAAAAGACACCGAUCAAUUGUUUGUAUGUACCUGAAAGCGCUCGCAAGAACUUCGAGGAAAUAUAUGAAGAGUUCAGCCGUACUCGCGAGGCAGAGCUAGAGGUGAGUGAUGACGAAGACAUAGAGAUUGUCGCAUGCAAAAACGGUGAAGAUGAGAAGGAGGAAGAUUUAGAAAAGAAGUCUGAGUAUUUUGUUGUUGGACUAAAAGGCAAAGACAAUAAGCGUGUUGAGGCGGAAGUAGGACCUCAGACAAAAAUACGUGCUUUACUCGAGCAUUACCUCAAAACCAAAGGCAUCGAUGAGAAGCUGGUUACAAGAGCCCGACUCGUCUUCGACGACGAGGACCUCAACCUAGAUGGCGUGGUUGGCGAUACAGAGUUGGAAGAGGACUUUGAAGUGCAAGUGUAUAUUAAUUGA